UUCCGUAUCUCACAGGCCAAUCAGAAUCCAGGAGGGCGGGAAUCACCGUGGGCCUGGCUAUCACGCUUGGUUGCUAAUGUCAGCUUUGGAUGGGAUUUUGAAGCCUUUACCCGCUGUGUGAAGCGACUUGCUGCCUAGCUGAGGAGACACCAGGACGGAUACCAUAUCCUACCACACCUCCUCUUCUACGAGCAGCCCCCUCCACUUUUUGGAUACUAUUCGGGAACUAUUUGGAGGCGGUCAACUUGAAUUUAUAUUCAUUACCUUUUAAACGGACCUAAGCUGAAUGGUUUUGCUGUACUUGUCAAUAUUUUUUUGCUGCUGGAGUUUGCCAACUUUUUGAGGAGGUCCGCAUUCGGUCUUUCUGGAGAGAAAGUGACUUAAAAGUCGAAAUGGAUCAAGCGAGCGGCGGGGAUGACCCGAAUAAACCCUCUAAAAAGAAGUCCAGCGAGGACGAGGGUAAAAACAAGAAGCUGAACAUACACAUAAAAACAUUGGCUGAUGAUAUGCGUGAUCGCCUUACCAGUUUCAGGAAAACGGGGAUGAAGAAGGAGAAGGAGAAGCCGCUUAUACAGCACCCAACAGAUUCCCUCAUUACCCAAAUUGAGCUGCCAGUUCCACAGCCCCUUUUUGACGACCGCUCGUUGAACCUCUCGGAAAAGGAGAUCAUUGACCUCUUCGAGAAGAUGAUGGAGGACAUGAACCUGAAUGAGGAACGCAAAGCCCCGCUGCGUGGAAAGGAUUUAAGCACCAAACGCGAGAUGGUGGUCCAGUACAUCUCAACUACUGCCAAAUCUGGAGGACUCAGGAACAGCAAGCACGAGUGUACACUUUCAUCCCAAGAAUAUGUCCACGAGCUGCGUUCUGGCAUCACGGAGGAAAAGCUGCUCAUUUGCCUGGAGUCGCUCAGAGUGUCUCUCACUAGUAACCCUGUCAGUUGGGUUAAUAACUUCGGUCAUGAUGGUCUCGGGCUUCUUCUGGAUGCUCUGGAGAAGCUGCUGGACAAGAAACAGCAAGAGAAUAUUGAUAAACGGAACCAGCACAAACUUAUCCAGUGCUUGAAGGCUUUCAUGAACAAUAAGUAUGGACUGCAAAGGAUCUUGGGAGAUGAGCGGAGCCUGUUGCUGUUGGCACGAGCGAUUGACCCCAAACAGACCAGCAUGAUGACCGAGAUUGUCAAAAUUCUCUCUGCUUUCUGUAUUAUUGGAGAGGAAAAUAUCCUGGAUAAGAUUCUAGCCGCCAUGACAAUAGCUGCGGAGAGGAACAAUAAAGAGAGAUUUGCUCCAAUUGUGGAAGGACUGGAGAACCACGAAGCCCAGCAGCUCCAGGUUGCUUGCAUGCAGCUGAUCAAUGCCCUGGUCACCUCCCCCGAUGACCUGGACUUCCGGAUCCAUCUACGCAAUGAGUUUUUAAGAUGCGGCCUCAAGAAGAUCCUUCCUGAGCUAAAAGAGACGGAGGAGCUAGACAUCCAGCUGAAGGUGUUCAAUGAGAAUAAGGAGGAGGACUCUAUCGAACUCUCCCAUCGCCUGGAUGACAUCCGAGCGGAGAUGGAUGAUAUGAAUGAAGUGUACCAUCUCCUGUCCAACAUGGUGAAGGAUACUGGCUCAGAGGCCUACUUCCUGUCACUCCUUCAACACCUUCUGCUCAUCAGGAACGACUAUUACAUCAGGCCUCAGUAUUACAAGGUGAUAGAAGAAUGCGUGUCUCAGGUGGUCCUGCAUCGCAGUGGCAUGGACCCCGACUUUGGCUACAGUAAAAGAUUGGACGUGGACUUCACCCAUCUCAUUGAUCAGUGUGUGGAUAAAGCCAAAGUUGAAGAGAGUGAGGAGAAGGCUGCCGAGUACUCCAAAAAGUUUGAUGAGGAGUUCAGUGCGCGGCAGGAGGCCCAGGCCGAGUCUCAAAAGAAGGAAGAGAGAAUCAAAGAGCUGGAGGGGAAGAUCCAGGCUCUGGAGUCCCAGUUAACUAUUGAAAAAGACAAGCUCAAAGAGGCUCAGAGACUCAUCAGUGAAUCUGAAGCCAAGAUAGCUGCGGGCCCAACUGCACCUGGAGCACCGCCCUUACCGGGGGGUGCAGCAGGUCCUCCUCCACCACCUCCUCCCCCACCUCUACCCGGUGGCUGUCCUCCCCCUCCUCUCCCUGGUCACGCUGGCAUUCCACCACCACCUCCACCACCUCCUCCUCCUGGUGGAGGACCUCCACCUCCCCCACCACCCCCUGGGUGCGGGCCCCCACCUCCUCCGCCUUUCUUUGGGGGCCCGGGUGGUCCUCCACCACCUCCACCGGUCAUCAAACUGCCUUAUGGACUGGAGCCCAAGAAGAUCUACAAGCCUGACACCGUGAUGAAGAGGGUGAACUGGAUCAAGAUAGUGCCUCAGGAAAUGGCAGAGAAUUGCUUCUGGAUCAAAGUCAAAGAAGAGAAGUUUGAGAAUCCUGACCUAUUUGCUCAGCUCUCCCUCUGCUUCUCCUCGCAGAGCAAAGUGAAAAAAGAUGUAAAAGAUGAGACUGAUGACAGAAUGCAGCAAUUCAAGAAAAAGGCGAAAGAGCUUCGUAUCCUGGAUUCCAAAACCGCACAGAAUCUUUCAAUUUUCUUGGGCUCGUUCCGCCUGCCUUAUGAAGAGAUCCGGGACAUUGUGCUGCAGGUGGACGAGGAAAGACUGAGCGAAUCACUCAUCCAGUGUCUGGCGCUGAGCUUGGCGACCCCAUUUUACACCAACUAUGGUCUUUUCCUCCAUUCUCAUACAGACCAUAGAGACCCCCUCAUUCAUCCUCUUAUAAUGGAUGAUGAAGGACAAGGCUUGGCAAAUAUGACUACUUUGUUUAUUCAUUUCUAUUUUUUAUUUAUUUUUUUUUUUCCAUUUAAUUUUCAGAUGAGUUCUGUCAAACUCCUACGACCGCGUCUCAACGGCAUUCUGUUCAAACUGACAUUUGAGGAGCAGGUGAAUAACAUUCGGCCAGACAUCAUGAAUGUGACAUUUGCCUGCGAGGAGGUGAAGAAGAGUGAAAGCUUAUGCAAACUCCUGGAGCUGGUGUUGCUGGUUGGCAAUUACAUGAAUGCCGGCUCAAGGAAUGCCCAGACGUUUGGUUUCAACAUGAGCUUUCUCUGCAAGCUACGAGACACUAAAUCCAUCAGUCAGAAUACAACACUUCUUCAUUUCCUCGCCGAGAAGUGUGAAGAGAGUCACCAAGAGAUUUUGAGGUUUCCAGAUGAACUGGAGCAUGUGGAGAGUGCCAGCAAAGUGUCGGCUGAGAUCUUGAAUAGCAGUUUAUCCACCAUGGAACGUCACAUUCAGAGGCUUGAGAACGACAUCAAGAACUUCCCCAAAACGGAUGACCAACAAGAUAAGUUCGUGGAAAAGAUGACGGACUUCUCCAAGCAUUCCCGUGAGCAGUAUGAAAAACUGUCCACGAUGCACAAGAACAUGCAGAAGCUCUAUGAGAGCAUAGGCAGCUAUUUUGCCUUUGACCCCCACUCGGUCGGUGUGGAGGAUUUCUUCGGAGAACUGUCCAACUUCCGCAUCCUCUUCAUGGAAGCAGUGAAGGAGAACCACAAGAAGAGGGAGAUGGAGGAGAAGAUCAAGAGAGCCAAGCUGGCGAAGGAGAAAGCAGAGCGGGAAAAGCAGGAGCGGCAGCAGAAGAAGAAGCAGCUGAUUGACAUGAACAAAGAAGGAGAUGAAACUGGUGUGAUGGAUAGCCUAAUGGAAGCCCUACAGUCCGGAGCAGCCUUCCGUGAUCGACGAAAACGCACACCGCGCAAUGGUGAUCAAAGCCCUUCCAGUCCAUCCUCUCGGUGGCCGGGUGCUAACUCUGGUAACAGAACCCUAGACAACCGCCGCGCAGUCCUGGAAAGGUCUCGUUCACGCCACAACGCAAAUCAUCAAGCUCGGUGAUCGCCCACGCCUACCACAAGACGCUAGAUAAGUGCCAAAGAGGCCUGCGAGGUGGAGACCUGGACGAUAUCUGAAGGAGGGACAGAGCACCCGUCACUGUAGCGCGCACCGACACGUACACACAACUAUGGAACAAAAAAUACCUAAAGAAUCCACAUAGAACGCAAGCAUCUACAGUACAUCAUACACAGACAUUUUAUCUUCAUGCUGUUCAUCUGAUGCCUUACAUAUUUAUUCAACACUUUCACUCUAAAUGUUCAUGUUCUCGCUACAUGGUUUUGAUUUAUAAAAACAAAACAACAUAUUUUUAGGGCUGCUGCUGUUUUUAAUGAAAGGUUUGCUGUGCUUGGAAAUCCAUUUGAAGUCUAAACUUCUUCUAAUCCUUUUUUUUUUUAAACAAAAUAUUACAGUUCACAUACAGAUUUGACAUGAAACAUCAAGUGUUUUGAAAAUAAAUAUUCUGCCAAGAAGGACUGCACCAUAGUGUAGGCUUAUCGUCCUGAAAAACAUUUCACACACGUGGUGUGCUGAAGUUUUCUUCAACAAGAUUCUGAACUCUACACAGAAGAGGGAGUAAUUGUUUCAAUGUUUUUUUUUUUCUGUCAAUUCCUCCUUCAACCAACAUCAAGACAAUUCUACUAGCACAUGUACAAGGAGUCCAUAUGAAUAAUUACUCAAUACAUAUUCCACAUAUGAGAGAGCUGGCCCGCCUGCGCCGAUAUUUCAGCGCAUGUGACUCAUGGAUCUUGAAACUGUAAUCUCAAUUUUGACAGGAUGCAUUUUAUUUUUAGUUGAGUAAUAUCUGACCAAUGCCUCCAGGUGCUGAUCUCUGUCCCAAGGUCGCUUUUGCUGUUAACAAGAGAGACUGACACAUUUCUAAAUGCAUAUAACUGCCAAGAGGAGCUAACACGACCCUUUGACUUUUCCUGCAGUCACACAGGUUUUCAGUGGGGGGAGAUUCGUUGUGCACUUGUAUAACAUUUUUAAUAUGAAUCUAUUUCAUAUAUAUAUAUGAAUGCUCUGAAAAUAAUUUCAAAAUAUGUCAUCUGUUUGGAGACCGAUGGUGAAAAGUUCGCUCCAUUUAGAAUUCCAAGAUUUUACAUUUUAUUCCGUUUUCCAAAAAAUAAAUACAUUUUUAAAAAAAAAUAAAAAUCACUGCAGAUAAUGUGUCAAAUAAACACAUUUUGUUGAACAAGAUUACAUAUUGUACCAUGUUGAAGAGACUAUAUAAUAAAUAAUGCUGAAUAAUAUCAGGGCUAAGCAGCUUACAAAAUCACAGCUGAGAUUUCAAUGGGAAAAUGUUGUAGAUCAAAAUACAGAAUGUUAUUAGGCUUAAAUGAACCACACGACAUCAUUUAUUCAUACUGAUGAAGCUUUAACACCUGGUGCUUGUUGUUUGUGUUCAAAAUAGUUGAAACUUGUAAGCUUUGUUCCUCUGUAAGAACCCGGUGUCACACAGUUUCUUCACGUGAACUAUUUAUUCAUAUAUUCAUGCCUAGAGCGACCCUGUCCCAUCACCGCCCUAAACUGUAAGCAGAUGCUACUAAAAACAACCACUGAGUCCACAUGGACAGUGGGCACGACCAGAAUAUUCGACUCGGGGGCAAAGAAGACAAGAUGAUGCUUGUCUUGGCAAGUGAGUCUCCCACGCCCUCCAAUUCCCCAGCACUAAUAGCAUAAGUGACCCUUUUUCCCAAACCCGAGUUACUUUAAUAAUACCAUAACUCUGCUUUAGGCUUUGUGUCUCUGGGUGUUUGUGUUCGUGGCAAGUGUGUGUGUGUGCGCGCCAUGCCAGCUCAGUAAUCUGACAGGAACGCGGGCAAAAUAGGAUUCAGUGUGCUUGACUCCUUGGCUGAAUAGAUGGAGAUUUUUCAGUUAAAUAAUCUGCCAGUGCUGCUUGUGAUGUGUCUGUUUCACGAUGCCUCGUCUCCCAGCCUUGCAUGCUUCUAAAAAUGCAAUUUUACACAUCAUCUCGGCUCAAAGUGCAUCCACAAUGCUCCGAGAAGUCUGCAUUUUUAAGAAGACAAUAAUUCUCCUGCGAAUAUAAGGUUGGAGCAGUUGCACAGAGAAAGCAUAGAGAACGAGGUUUCCGCCGAAGGGAUUGUGUGUGGAUAGGAGUUUUAAGGGUGGGCUAUGUGCCAUGAAAGGGACUGAUUUCCUUUUUGUAGUCACGACACCGCCACACUUGUACAGUUGAGUGAAUAUCAGUUCUCCCUCAACACCAAUGUCUUCUGUGAUGUUUGGUGUUUUUUUCACCUUGUGAUUGGAUACCAUACAUGCCAAAACAACCAGUAGUUUGUGUUUUACAAUUUGACUGAAAGCGUUUUCUUGAUUAUUAAAUCAAAUUAGAUUUUUUUUCACAUGUGCCAACGUUUUGGGGGUGGGUGGGUACACAGUUCUCACUGUACAAUGACGGGAAAUUCCUGUUUUUUUUUUUUAUUUUGUUUUGUAUAUUAAAGGGAGGUACAGAUAUUGUUUUUUUAAGUCUUGGAAAGAUUGUACAGGAAUAAAAAAAAUGAAUUGUUAUUUCACUGAAACCAUUGUUUAAUAAACAUCGAUCCAAUAUGGAUCUGCAAUUCAAAGUAGGACAUUUUGAUGUAAUAAAAUGAUAGACAUGUGGUAUUUCUUUUCUAGAACAAAACACUCAAAAUAUUUUAGAUUUUAUUUGUAAUUUAAAAAAAAUCUCUUGUGAUGAUGCCAUUGUAGAAGAUAACGAGCUGAAAGCGAAGGUGUUAUUGAUUGUAGAAGUUCAGAUGCAACACAAAACUGAAUAGGAAAAGUGCAUCAUUAAACUUUAAGUGUGUUGCCAUUCAAUAGAACAAAUGACUGGAAAGCAGUGGCUAAAAACAUACAAGUUCAAAUCAUGGUCCUCAAUAAAAGCAGCUAUAGUUGAGGAAACUUAAGAUUAUACAAGAAACUUCUACAAUGACAACACUGUCAUAACCCUUGUAAGUGAUUGUUGUACCCCCCCCCCACCGUCCUCCAUUUCAUCUUUUAGGGUAAUCAGUAAGAAUUCUGUGUUUGUAUAGAAAUUAGCAGGAGUGUUUCAUGUCAAAGAACCUGAAUUUAUUCCAUCAUUUUAGUGUAAAAAAGCAGGCCUUUAAACAGGCCGAUCAUCCCAUUGUAUUUUAGCUUGUGACUAACAAAUCUGAACUGGUGUUAUGCCUUGUUCUCAUGGUAUUUGUAAGAAUGAGGAGGCAGGGGCAGGAAAGAUUUAUCAAAAAACUGUAAACGAAGCCAUUUCGGUGGUGAUUGGUGGCAAGUGAUUUAAUAAAGACAAAAGUUUGCAGUCUAACUUACAGUCAGUGCACUUUACCUCACAAGAUGUUCUGCUCAGACAGAGGAAAAGUUGUUUGAGAUGUUUGAAUACAACAUUGCUACUAACAGAGUGAAAUAUUUGCAAAGUAUCUCUUUUGGUAAAUAGUUGCAGCUGCCACAUAUCCAGUUCUUUCCGACACUGUGAGUGCUUACUGUUGAUUUGUGGAAGACGUAUUGUGGCUGAAUCAACAAAACACUGCUCAUAACUGUGGACAAACCCUUUCCAACCAUGAUGUGUAAGCUGCCAUAUCCCUGCCUACCCUCCUAGUUGUCAUUGAGUAUGUUUUAUUGUCUUGAGAAACAUUUAUAUUUGUAACAUUUUAAGUUUAUUUGUAUCCUUAAGACCAUGAAAAAAAACAAAAUGGUUAUGCACAUUGUCCUACCAUAGAAUAUGUAACGGCAUGUGAUACUAAAUAAUAACCACUUUGUUAUAUAAACUGAUUUCUGAAAGAUU